AUUCAUAGCCACUCUGUUAAGCUGACAAACCAUCCUUAAUAUCCGUAGAACAAAGAUGUCCAGACCUCAGAAUUCUCCUACUCCGCUGUGACUAAAACUUGCAGGUAGAGUAGGGAGCAAUAAAAUUUGUUCACAGUAAAUUAUUCCACCUGGCUCACAACCAUCCCGCAACAAAUGCCCAUUACUGCUUUCCUUUCACUUGAGUUUAAUAUAACUCUAUCUCAUCCUUUGUCUUUAAUCUUUUAGUGAUGCAAAUAUGGGUAAUUCUGAUUUUUUUUUUUUUUUGACCUAAGCUGUUUUUUUUUUUCUUUCACAAUGGAACAAAACAACACUUUCCCCUCCACCCCCAUAUCAAAUCUAGUGCUUUCAUCUUCUGGCUUUUUUUUUAGUUCUGAUUUUCAUGUUUACUUAUAGUUUUCUUAAUUUUCUCCAUUUUUCUUUGUUGACUGUUGUUUCUCAACUUUUUAAGUAUAGAUUGGAGAGCUAACUUUGUUUAAAAGAACUAUACUUUUUAGAGCUGCUUGGAGAGCUAAGCUGGAAAGACGUGGGGGUGCUUAUCCCUGCGUGGAAACGCUUGCCAAUGCUUUCUCAUUUGGACCCAGACUCCGGAUCGGGAGCAGUCUUAUAGCUGAAUCAGCUACCAAGAGAAGUUCUAAAGCAAGAAGAGAAAAGCAUUUCAAUUUGGGACAUUUAUUUGCACCUGGAAAUGGGGAAUGGACUAUCAGACCAGACUUCUAUGCUGUCCAACCUGCCUUCAUUUCAGUCCCUCCACAUUGUUAUUCUGGGUUUGGACUGUGCUGGAAAGACAACUGUCUUAUACAGGCUGCAGUUCAAUGAAUUUGUAAAUACCGUACCUACCAAAGGAUCUAACACUGAGAAAAUUAAGGUAACCUUGAGAAAUUCUAAAACAGUCACGUUUCACUUCUGGGAUGUAGGUGGUCAGGAGAAGUUCAGGCCACUGUGGAAGUCAUAUACCAGAUGCACAGAUGGCAUUGUAUUUGUUGUGGACUCUGUUGAUGUCGAAAGGAUGGAGGAAGCCAAAACUGAACUUCACAAAACAACUAGGAUAUCAGAAAAUCAAGGAGUCCCUGUACUUAUAGUUGCUAACAAACAAGACUUGAGGAACUCAUUGUCUCUUUCAGAAAUUGAGAAAUUGUUAGCAAUGGGUGAACUGAGCUCAUCAACUCCUUGGCAUCUGCAGCCUACCUGUGCAAUCAUAGGAGAUGGCCUAAAGGAAGGACUUGAGAAACUACAUGAUAUGAUCAUUAAAAGAAGAAAAAUGUUGCGGCAACAGAAAAAGAAAAGAUGAAUAUCAAUACCUAUUAUAUCUGUGUGGAGUAGGUUUUCUCUGGUCUGAUUUUGACAAAUAGAAGAGUGUCUACAACCUGGUUUGCCUGUCUGCCCUCCUGGAUGCUAUUAAAGCUUUGUUUUGUUGGACAAAAAAAAAA